GGUUGCCCAUCGUAACCUCAUCCCACCAACGGCACCACCUCGGAUCACCGCAAUUCACGAUGGCCGAAUCCAACUUGGACGAACAAUCUCUCUGGCGAGACCGGAACAAGAUCCUUGUGGCUGGGCUGCCCAUGAAUGCCGAUGAUGCGGCCCUCGCGGCCAAGUUUGAGUCGUUUGGCGCAAUGUUUCAGGCCAAGGUUGUGUUGGACAACAACACGAGAAAGUCACGUGGGUUUGGCUUUGUCACGUUCCAGACGUAUGAGAGCGCGCUGGAUGCUGUCCGUGGCUUGGAUCAGUCGAAAUGGGAUAAGCGCGUGUUGAACGUGCGUUUCCUGACGCCGAAAACAGGCUCCAGUGGCGCGCCCACCAAAGCCGCCGCGCCAGUCCUUCGCGUCAUCGAACCUCGACCAGAAGGAUGCACGACCGUGUUUGUAGGCAACAUGCCGUACGAGAUCACGGAAGACUUGCUCAAGAAGGUCAUGGGUGUGUGCGGCGAGAUCAAAGCGAUUCGAUUUGCCGAAGACAUCACGACCAAGGAGUUCCGAGGGUUUGGCUACGUCCAGUUCUUCGAAGGCGACGCGUGUGAAAAGGCAGUGCAAACGCUGCACGGCGCCGUAGUUAUGGGGCGGCCGCUCAAGGUCGACUAUGGCGCCCGCGACGCCCCACAAGUAACCGAGGCCAAGGAAGCGCUGCAGAAGAAGCUGAAAAAGGGGAUCUGCCACAAGUUCCAACAUGGAUUGUGUGACCGCGGCGACUCGUGUAAGUUCGCCCACGUCGAGCCCGUCACGUCGACCACGAUCGACCUUGGAAACUACCCCACGACCUCGACGAAAGCACUCAACAACGUGCCAGACGAUGCGCCCGUGUGCAUGGCAUUCCAAAACGGCAAGUGCAAGCGCGGUGAUCAGUGCAACUACCGCCACAUCCCGGGUGCCAACGGCGUCGUUGCACCGCAAGUGGUGGCGGACGAACGACGACGUCAUGUGGUUGCCGACGUCGAUGAAGAAAGCAGCGACGACGACGAUGACGACACGCCGGUGUGUCUGGCCUUUCAGAAAGGCAAGUGCAAACGAGGGGACCUGUGCAAGUACCGACACAAAUCUGCUUCUUCUGACACUUCCCGAGCCUCUCGCCCCGCCCCUGUGGUGGUCGCUGCUGUGCGACAACAGCCCCUCCCUCCCCCCGUCCGCCAAGUAGCGGUACCCUCUCAUCAACCGACCUCGAUCCCUGUUGUUCGAGCCACUUCGUCCUUUAACACCCCGUCAAGCACAGCCGUGGAUGAUUCGUCGAUUCCGAUUUGUCAGAGCUUUCAAAAGGGCACGUGUAAACGAGGCAACCAGUGCAAGUAUCGCCACGAAGCAGCCAGCGCCACUACCGCGACUUCACAAUCAAGACAUGUCGACGAGCCAUCCACACCCGCGAACGCCACCGACGAAAAUUUGGUGUGUCAACGGUUCCUGCUCAAGGGCAAAUGCAAGCGUGGGGACAUGUGCAAGUACGUUCACAAAGGCGGCGAAACGGCCAGUGGGCGCGACGACGAGGAAGCGGUCGCCCCGCCGCCACAACGCCGUGCCCGGGACCCAGAAGUGGCCCGCGAUGACCAUGACGAAGCGUCAUCUGUUCCCAUCUGCCAGAGCUUUCAAAAAGGAACGUGCAAACGGGGCAACAAGUGCAAGUUCCGCCACGUAGCCCCUAAAGAGCAAUGUCAGCGGUAUCUGCAAGGAAAGUGCACCAAGGGGUCGCAGUGUGCCUUUUCGCACGACGACGCCGAGGAGCCCCCGGCCAAGAAACCAAAAUACUAGGGGCGUCAACAACAAAAUAGGAAUACUUGUCAAAUUAACAGUAAAAAACAAUACGAGCA